GUGACCUUAAUGUGAAUGAGUCAUAUGUUAUUCUGAAUUGCUAUCUUUCUCUUCUCGGUUCACUCGCCGUCGACAUCAAGCCUGGCGGCAUUACAUCGCCGGCCUAAUAUUAACGCAACCAUCCUUCUUCUAAAACAUUCCAGCAAGCUCAACAUGAGCCAGCUCCUCCAGCUCCAAACCCUGCUCAUCACCGACCCGCCCCCUCCCUCUUUCCUCGACCCCAACCUCGCUGCCGUCAAGCUCAUCUCCGCCACCGCCGCUCGUUCCAAUCCUCGCCAUGCCGCCCUUAUCUUCUCCAUCCUCCCUGACCCCAAUCUCGUCGCAUGGAACUCCCUUCUCAAAGCACUCGCUGACAACCACCUGUACUCCCUCACUCUCUCCCACUUCAACUCUCUCCUCCUCCUCCGCCCUCACCUCCUGCCCGACGAGUUCACGUUCACCUCCAUACUCAAAUCAUGUGCCGCCCUCAUAUCAGUUGCAGCCGGCGAGGCCUCCCAUGCCUUUAUCAUCAGCCACGGCGUCGGUUCCAAUCUCUUCGUCGCCAAUUCCCUCGUCGAUAUGUACUUCAAGUUCGGCCGCGUUGAGGACGCCCGCAAACUGUUUGAUGAAAUGAAAAUAAAGGAUGUGGUGUCAUUGAACACCGUUAUCAGCGGAUGCUCCUCUUAUGGCGACAUUAAGGGUGCACGACAGUUGUUUGAUGGAAUGUCGGAAAGAAGUUUGGUCACUUGGUCUGCGAUGAUUGCAGGUCAUGCCAAAGCGGGUGAUACGGGAGCCGCACGAAAUCUGUUCGAUGAGAUGCCGCAGAGAAAUGUGGUAUGCUGGAAUGCAAUGAUUUCCGGCUACGCACAGAAUGAAAAGUUCUCAGAUUGCUUAAAACUUUUCCGCGCAAUGCUGCUGCAGUCAAGCAGCGUUCAGCCAAAUGCAGCCACGCUCGUGAGUGUGCUCUCAGCCUGCGCUCACUUGGGUGCUCUUGAUCUAGGCAAAUGGAUCCAUAGAUACAUCGAUCGGAAAUCCAUAGAGCUCAGCCUGUUUCUAGGCAAUGCGCUUGCUGACAUGUACGCCAAGUGUGGCUGCAUAGCAGAGGCUAGAAAAGUGUUCGACCGAAUGCGUGAGAAGGAUGUAAUAUCCUGGAGCAUAAUCAUAUCCGGUCUGGCUAUGUUCGGCCAUUCAGAUGAAGCAACUUCUGCUUUCCAUGAGAUGUUGCAGCGAGGAAUGGUGCCUAAUGAGAUCACCUUCAUGGGCAUACUAUCAGCCUGUACCCAUUCGGGCUUGGUUAAUGCCGGGCUUGAAUAUUUCAGGCUGAUGAAAGAGGAGUUCUUGAUCUCUCCCAAGGUCGAGCAUUAUGGAUGUAUGGUGGAUCUUUUAAGCCGAGCAGGUCGGCUCCAGGAAGCUGAGAGCAUGAUUGCUUCCAUGGAAGUGCAGCCAAAUGUUAUAGUAUGGGGAGCUCUACUCGGCGGCUGUAGAACCUAUGGAGAUAUAGAGCGAGGAGAAGUGGUGGUUCGUCGAAUCCUGGAGUUGGACUCAGAGCACUCAGGCAGCUACGUUUAUUUAGCUACAGUGUAUGCGUCCAUGGGAAGACUGGAGGAGGCAGCAAAAUGCAGGCUUAAGAUGAGGAAACAGAAGGUGACUAAGACUCCAGGUUGCAGUUGGAUAGAGGUGGAUUACUCAGUGCACGAGUUCUUCAUGGGCGAUCGCUCACAUCCUCAAACCAAUGAGAUCUACGCCAUGAUUGCUGAACUGAGGAAGAAGAUGAGGCUGGCAGGGUACGUACCGAACAUUAGUGUGGUUAGUCAGAGCAUAGAUGAAGAGGAAAAGGAGGACGCAGUUUCAAUGCAUAGUGAGAAGCUUGCUCUUGCAUUUGGGCUCAUUAAUUUGAAGAAAGGGGAGAUUAUUAGGAUUGUGAAGAAUUUGAGAGUCUGCAAUGAUUGUCAUGAUGCCUUUAAGGUUAUAUCCAGGAUAGAGGGAAGGAAAAUUAUUCUGAGAGAUAGGAGCAGGUUUCAUCAGUUCAAAGAAGGAUUCUGCUCAUGCAAAGACUACUGGUAGAUUAUAUAGUAUUUCAUGGGCAGAGAAGGAAAGGCAGUAAGUAAUUUUUAAGAAAUUGUCUUCAGUUGUUCAUGUUCUGCUAAUUUAUUCUCCAGCUUUUCAA